AUGCCGAGCGCGACGUUUAACAGAGCGAAGACAGCCGCUGACGAUGACAUCGUUCUUACGGGCAUAUCCGGUCGACUUCCCGACUCUGAAUCCAUUGAAGAAUUCGCGCAGAAGUUAUUCGAAGGAGUGGAUCUCGUCUCGGCCGACGACCGCCGCUGGCCGCCAGGACUUCAUGGACUCCCUGAACGAAAUGGAAAACUUAAAGACUUGGAGCAUUUCGACGCUACAUUUUUUGGCGUACACGCGAAGCAGGCGCACAACAUGGACCCGCAACUGCGCCUGUUGCUGGAGACCACCCAGGAAGCCAUCGUGGACGCGGGCUACUCGGCCGCCGAGCUGCGCGGCACACGCACCGGCGUCUACGUGGGUGUCUCCAACUCGGAAUCUGAAGAAAUGUGGGCCGCCGACCCCGACAAGAUCAACGGUUACGGUCUCACGGGCUGCUGUCGCGCUAUGUUCCCGAACCGUAUCUCUUACACUUUCGAUCUCAAAGGUCCCUCCUACGCCGUCGACACCGCUUGCUCGAGUUCGUUGUUCGCGCUCUCGCAAGCUUUUAUGGCGAUUCGGGCGGGACACUGCGACGCCGCGAUCGUGGCUGGGUCGAACCUAUGUCUCAAGCCGGGAAACUCGCUCAACUUCCACCGGUUGAGCAUGCUGUCGCCGGACGGACGUUGUGCGGCGUUCGAUGCCAGCGGGAAGGGCUACGUGCGCUCCGAGGCCGUCGUCUCCGUCGUGCUGCAGCGCCGCUCGGACGCGCGGCGCGUGUACGCCACCGUUCAUAACGCGCGUAUGAACGUCGACGGGUACAAAGAACAGGGAAUCACUUUCCCGUCGGGCAGUAUGCAACGGAAAUUAGCCAAAGAGACCUUCGACGAAGUGCGCUUGCGUCCUCAAGACGUCGUCUACGUGGAAGCGCACGGCACCGGCACCAAGGUCGGAGAUCCGCAGGAGGUGAACGCGAUCGCAGAUUUGUUCUGCGAGAAUCGCACGACACCGCUGCUGCUCGGCUCCGUGAAGUCUAACAUGGGUCACUCGGAACCGGCGUCGGGCUUGUGCUCGAUCGCCAAACUGGUCGUCGCCAUGCAACGAGGCGUCAUUCCGGGCAAUUUACACUACAGGUCUCCGAACAUGGAUAUCCCGGCUCUCAGCGACGGACGCAUAAAGGUGGUGGACCGCAACACGCCGUGGGAGGGCGGUCUGGUGGCGGUGAACUCGUUCGGAUUCGGCGGCGCUAACUCGCACGUGAUCCUGGAGGUGGAGCGCGGGGCGGGCGCGCGCGCGCUGGAGGCGACGUACGCGGUGCCGCGCCUCGUGCUGGCGUCCGGCCGCAGCGACGCCGCCGUGCGCGCGCUGCUGCAGCUCGCCGCCAACCAUCCGCGCGACGCCGGCCUGCACGCGCUGCUCGACGCCGUGCAUGCGCGCAACCAGCCCGGACACGCCCACCGCGGAUACGCGCUGUUGGCGGACUACCAGGAGGAGGUCGAGGAUUUCGAGGGCGGCGAGCCGCGCCCGGUGUGGUUCGUGUUCUCGGGCAUGGGCUCGCAGUGGGCGGGAAUGGCGCGGACGCUGAUGCACCUGCCCGUGUUCGCGCAGAGCAUCGAACGUUCGGCGGCGACUCUGCGUAAACAGGGCGUCGAUCUGAUCCACGUGCUCACGGAGGCGCCGGAGACCACGUUCGAAGACGUCAUCAAUUCUUUCGUGUCCAUCACGUCGGUGCAAGUGGCCCUGGUGGACGUCCUGCGUUCGGUCGGAAUUCGACCGGACGGUAUGGUGGGACACUCCGUCGGCGAAAUGGGUUGCGCGUACGCUGACGAAACUCUGAGCGCGGAGCAAGCGGUCCUGGCGGCGUACUGGCGCGGGCGCAGCAUCGUGGACGCCAAGCUGCCGUCGGGCGCGAUGGCCGCCGUGGGGCUCAGCUGGGACGAGUGCCUCCGCCGCUGCCCCUCGGACGUCUUCCCCGCGUGCCACAACGCAGCCGACAGUGUCACGGUGUCGGGACCGAUUCCGUCUGUGGAGAAAUUCGUGGCUGCGCUGUCGGCGGAGGGCGUGUUCGCGCGGCGCGUCAACAGCAGCGGCGUCGCUUUCCACAGCAAGUACAUCGCGUCCGCGGCGCCGCUCCUGCGCAAGAGUCUCGAGCGCAUCAUUCCGCAACCGAAGCCGCGAACCGCGCGCUGGGUGUCCUCCUCGCUCGCGCCCGACCAGCGGGACACGGAAAUAGCCAAACUGAGCGACGUGGCGUACCACGUGAACAACUUGUUGUCCCCGGUGCGGUUCGCGGACGCGCUGAAGGCGAUCCCCGAGCGCGCGCUGGUGGUGGAGGUGGCGCCGCACGCGCUGCUGCAGGCCGUGCUCAAGCGCGCCGUGCCCGCGCCCGCAGCGCACGUGCCCCUCGUGCGGCGCGACCACCCCGACCCGCUGCGCCACCUGCUGCAGGCGCUGGGCCGCGCGUACGUGGCCGGCGCGCAGCCGCAGGUGGCCGGCCUGUACCCGCGCGUGCCCUGGCCCGUGCCGCGCUGCACGCCCGGCCUCGCCUCCAGCGUGCGCUGGGACCACUCCAUCGAGUGGGCGGUCGCCGACUUCUCGGCGCCGGCUCGGUCCGGCGAGAACGUCAUAGAGGUGGAUCUGUCGCGCGUCGACGACUCGUUCCUGGCCGGACACCAGAUCGACGGCCGAAUUCUGUUCCCGGCCACGGGAUACUUGACGCUCGUCUGGAGGACGAUAGCCAAGAUUCACAACAAAAAAAUUGAGGAAACCCCGAUCAUCUUGGAGAACGUGCAAUUCAAGCGGGCGACCAUCAUCAACCGCGAGACUCCCCUCCGAUUCAUGGUCACCGUUCUGGAGGGCACCGGGGAAUUCAACGUGUGCGAGGGCGGGGCCGCCGUCGUCACGGGGCAGGUUCGCAUCGCGGAACAUCCCGAGAGGGAGUUCCUCGGGUCGACGCCGACGUCGCCCCCGGCGGCGGAGUCGAUCCCGCUCCUCGAGGACGACCUCUACAAGGAGCUGCGCCUGCGCGGCUACGACUACAACGGCAUGUUCCGCGGUGUCAAAUUCGCGGACGCGUCGACCGCGACCGGCCGCCUCGCGUGGGCCGACAACUGGGUGACGUUCAUGGACACGAUGCUGCAGUUCUCGCUCAUCACGAGCCUCACGCGAGACCUGUACCUGCCUACGAGGUUGGACCGGGCGGUGAUCGACCCCGCGAGACACGCGGCCGCGGUCGCCGGCGGCGACGCGGUCCCGGUCCACUUCUACCGCAACAUCCGCGUCCUCGCGUGCGGCGGCGUCGAGCUGCGCGGCCUCAAAGUGAGCCUCGCCCCGCGCCGCGUCAACGUCCAGGCGCCCCCGAAACUCGAGCGCUACGCCUUCCGGCCGUACGACGACGCGACCGUCGCCACCGAGGACGCGACGCGGUCGAAAUGCGACGCGAUGAUCGUGUGCCUGCAGCUCGUGCUCGAGAAUUGCGGGGCGCUGCGCCUCAAGAUGGUCGAGGCGGCGCCGCAGCGGCCGGCGGAGGCGCUGCUGACGCCGCUCGCGCUGCAGCUGCUCGACGGCGAGCCCGAGGUGCGCGUGGCCGCCAGCGUGGUCGUCGCGGCCGGCGCGCCCGCCUACACCGCCGCACUGCAGGACCUCGGGGUCAAGGUGAUGCAGAAGGACCCGCUCGCCGGCCCGCCGGAGACGGAGUGCCAGCUGGUGAUCGCGGCGGACGUGCUCGCCGGCCACGGCGCCGACGCGCUGCGGAACCUGGCCGGCGCGCUGGUCGACGGGGGCAUGCUGCUGCUGGAGGAGCCGCGCCGGGCGCUGGACGAACCGGGCGCGGCGGAGGCGCUGCGGCGGGCCGGGCUGGCGCUGGUAGCGCGCCAAGUCGCCGCGUCCUGCGAGUACCUGCUGCUGCGCUGCAGCGUCGCGCCGCCGCCGGACCACAUCGUGGUGGAGGUCGGCGAGGACGACUCGUACUCGUGGGUGGACCCGCUGCGGGAUGCCCUGGAGCGCGCGGAGGCCGAGCCGCUGCGGGUGUACGUGGUGGCCCGCGCCCAGGACGCCGGCGCGCUGGGCCUGGGCACGUGCCUGCGCGCGGAGCCCGGCGGCGCCGCCGUGCGCGUCUACUACCUGCCCGAGGCGCGCGAGCCCUUCGAUCCCAGCGCGCCCGCGUACCGGCAGCAGGUGCAGAAGGACCUCGUGUGCAACGUGCUGCGGGCCGGCGUGUGGGGCUCCUACCGCCACCUGCCGCUCGCCGACACCGGCGAGGCGUCGCUGCAGGUGGAGCACGCGUACGUGAACACGCUGACGCGCGGGGACCUGGCGUCGCUGCGCUGGAUCGAAUCCCCGCUGCGGUUCGCGAGCGAGACGCGGUUCGCGCCGGGCACCGAGCUGUGCCGCGUGUACUGCGCGCCCCUCAAUUUCCGCGACAUCAUGUUGGCCACCGGCAAGCUCCCGCCCGACGCGCUGCCCGGAAAUCUCGCGGGACAGGAGUGCAUCUUGGGGUUGGAGUUCAGCGGGCGCGCUUCGGACGGGCGGCGCGUGAUGGGCAUGGUGGCGGCGCGCGGGCUGGCGACCAGCGUGGUGGCGGACUCGGCCUUCCUGUGGGACGUGCCCGCGGCCUGGUCGCUGGAGGAGGCGGCCACGGUGCCGGUGGCGUACGCGACGGCGUACUACGCGCUGGCGGUGCGCGGGCGCAUGCAGCGCGGCGCCUCCGUGCUGGUACACGCGGGCUCGGGCGGGGUGGGGCAGGCCGCCAUCGCCAUCGCGCUGCACGCGGGCUGCACCGUGUUCACCACCGUGGGCACGCCCGACAAGCGCGCCUUCCUGCGCGAGCGCUUCCCGGCGCUGCCGGACGAGAACGUGGGCAACUCGCGCGACACCAGCUUCGAGCAGCUCGUGCUCGAGAGGACCGGCGGCCGCGGCGUCGACCUCGUCCUCAACUCGCUCGCCGACGACAAACUGCAGGCUUCCGUGCGCUGCCUCGCCGAGGGCGGCCGCUUCCUCGAGAUAGGCAAGCUCGACCUCUCGAACAAUACGCCUCUGGUGAGUCGAGCGCGCUCCCCGCUUUCGGAUCGCGCAUUCUUUACGUCCGAAACGUUCAUCGGACGUCGUCCUCCGAUCCGCAGGGAAUGGCGGUGUUCCUCAAGAAUACGACCUUCCACGGGAUCCUUCUGGACGCGCUUUUCGAGGCGGGCGGGGACGACGCCGAGAAGGCGGCGGUCGUGCGAUGCAUGAACGAGGGUCUCCGGACCGGCGCCGUCCGGCCGCUGCCCGCCACCGUGUUCGGCGACCAGCAGCUGGAGCAGGCUUUCAGGUAGGUUGAUUCGCUAUUUUAUUUCAAAAUUAUCCAUAUUUGUAACGGAAAUGCUAAAUAGGUGAUAUAUCGCCGUCAGCCGUCAUAUAUCGUAAAAUUAACAACUUUUUCGUGGACGCAGUGUCCAUCCUAACAUUGUCAUUUACACUGACUGCAUUCUAAACGCCAUGGACGCUGAUUAUCAGGUAAAUGCUGAGUAUACCCAUAUUUGAAAUGUUUCGACAACAUAAAUCUAAAUAUACGGAGCCGCAGUCGAACAGUUGCCUU